ACCGGGGGUGAGGCUUGGGCAGCGACAACCGCUGAUUGGCAGUAAAGAGAAUCACGCCCCAUCUCCUGCUAGAGCAGAACCAGAACAGCCAAUCAGAGCAAGUACUGAUGGAAACGACCCAAUCCUGGAGCCGGGCUGAGGGUGGGGGCGGGGACAAGUGGCUCCGGUGGAUUCGGUGUUGGAGCUGCCCUGGAGAAUAUCCUUUGCUGCUGCUGCUGCAGCUGCAGUACUAGGGCCACAUUUCUCCAGGCACAAAGCCCUCUAGGGUUGAAGAGAGCCAUGAGCCGGUUCCUGAACGUGUUACGAAGCUGGCUGGUCAUGGUAUCCAUCAUAGCCAUGGGGAACACGCUGCAGAGCUUCCGAGACCACACCUUUCUCUAUGAAAAGCUCUACACCGGCAAGCCAGACCUCGUGAAUGGUCUCCAAGCUCGAACCUUUGGGAUCUGGACACUACUCUCAUCAAUGAUCCGCUGCCUCUGCGCCAUCGACAUUCACAACAAAACGCUUUACCUCAUCACGCUGUGCACCUUCUUCCUCGCCCUGGGACACUUCCUCACCGAGUUGUUUGUAUUCGGGACUGCGGCACCCACAAUCAGCGUCCUGGCACCCCUGGUGGUGGCAAGUUCUUCCAUCCUGGGUAUGCUAGUGGGGCUGCAGUACCUAGAAGCCGAACCAGGCUCCAGACAGAAGAAGAGAAACUGAGGCCAACAUCACCACGUCAGAGACUUCAACUUCCACCUCCACUCUUAAAAUUUCUUCUUUUCUGCUCCAUCAUCCACUUCUAGCCUUUUACAUUUUGUUUUUUUCUUUAAUUUAAAAAAUUUUAAGAUCUGCACACACAAGUAGGUACCAUUUAAAAUAUGUACCAUUUAAAGAGUCAUUUUAAAAUGAAUACUCUGGAGGGAGUUCCUGUUGUGGCUCAGUGGUAAUGAACCCAACUAGUAUCCAGGAGGAUGUGGGUUCGAUCCUUGGCCCCGCUCAGUGGGUUAAGGAUCUGGCAUUGCCGUGAGCUGUGGUGUAGGCCGCAGAUGCAGCUCGCAUCUGGCAUUGCUGUGACUGUGCUGUAGGCCCUCAGCUGCAGUUCUGAUUCGACCCCUAGCCUGGGAACUUCCAUAUGCCUCUGGCACAGUCCUUAAAAAAAAAAAAAAAAAUACUCUGUAGCUCCAUCCAAAUCAAGAAAUCGCCAGCAUCUCUGAAGCCCACUGUGCCCUUCCCUGACUCACAACCUCUUCCAAUACCCCUUUUCUAGCCUUCUGCUUUUUUCCUUUUAUUUUCACCCCUCAAUUUGACUUGUAUGAUAGGAAUACAUAAACUGUGAAACUUAAAAGCUGCUGCCUCACCCAGAGCAGCUGCCACCAAGGGCUGCUUCAUGGGGUUGUCCACCCAGGCUGGGCUCCUCUCUACUGCUGUAUCCGAGAUUCUGAACCAGCUGAGGGACAGCCAGUUCUUCUAAGAGGUGCUCCCCUGUGAGUGAGCCUGGCUCCUGUCAUUGUGCCUGUAGGAUCAGGGUUGGAAGAGUCUGGGCUGUUUUUAGACCUUCCAGUCAAUUGUAUUUGCAUAAAGAAUUUUGUAAUAAAUAGAAAAGCCUCUGCUCUGAUCAGUCCUGGUGCUUUGGCCUCAUCUAAGCCCAGAGCACUCCUGGCCUCCUCUGAGCCCUAGUGGGGGAGAACCACAGCUUCCUGCUGAUCAGAUGCACCAUAAUGAGUAGGACAGCUCAAGACCCAGGCAAACCAGGCUGCCUUUUAUCACUUGCUCAUUUCUCAUGAACUCAGACCUUCUGUCUCUCCCUCCCCACCUUCAAGAUUCUGAGUUCAUAAAUGAACAGUCAGGAUCCUCUCUUGUUUUCUUCCCAAGGAAGAAACAGACUCUUGAAAAAAAGCAGAACCAGGCAGCCUAGAAGAAACAGCUGCAUGACCCUGGAAAGGAGAACACUGCAUUCCAAGGACAAGGCACUGGGGCAGACAGUCUCCAUCCAGACACAACCCAGAGCACUUUCACCACAGCGUAUCAGUGCAAGAGCAUGUUCCGUUUCAUCGCACACGUCAUCCAAGCCAGACACGUGGGAAGGAGAAAUGAAUGACCCAGGCAGUGUCCCUGUAGUCAUGGACCCAGACUGUCAACAAGCCCACACCUCGAAGAACAACUUGAGACAGUGAUAAGAAUUCAAGAAAACAAAAUACUGUGAUCAGGAGGGUGAGUGAGGGCACAACUUGGAUCGUCCAGAAAAGCCUCCCUGUGGCAGGCAUUUAGGGCAAAAGGAGCAGCACGGAGUCUUGUUCAAGGAGUAAGAUCAGAGUAACUACAGAGUCGUGGUGUUAGGAAGCGGAAGGCAAGAGAUAGGAAGGGAAGUGGGGCACUGGUGAGGACAUGACGGGAGGCUUAAAGCUGAUACUUAAACACACUGGGAAAGUUCUAUCAGUUAAGGCCUCUGGAGGUGAAAUGAACAAAAUCUACCUUAAACUAGUUAAAGAAAUAAAGAUAACAUUGGCUCCCAAAACUGAAAA